CUAUAUAUAACAAAGAAAGUAAGUAACUACUAUACCGAAGAUAAAACUGCAACGGCAUCAACCUUGAUACACAGUGUUAGUAUAUUUAAUAGGAAAAUUACAGUAUGAUGAAGGUGAUUUGAAAAUAUUGGGAUGUCAUUUGUGAGAGCAAAUAUAUUGUCAUUAAAAUACAUAACAAUACAACAUAUUGCUCGGGAAGUUUAUUAACGAAUUCCUUUUUGAUGAAUAUCUAGAUAUUGCAGUAGAUUGAAGAUAAUUGCUGUAGAGUGAAGAUAACUGACUGUUCGAUAUAAUAGAACUUAUUUGAUCAGGGUAUAUAUACAUUGAAAGUGAUCGAACGGAUAUGGAGAACGGUACUUCGCCUCGGAGAAAAUCCUCUAAUAAGCUUGACUCUGAAGAAGUGAAUUUCGAUGAGGAUCCUAAUCUUAAAUAUAAUUUAGUCUAUGGAGUUUUGGAGAAUCCACCUAUAUAUGUAUCUCUAAGUUUGGCAGUGCAGAAUAUACUUACGUUAUUGGCCGGAGCAAUGGGUUUUGCAGCUGUGUUAGCUGAUCUUGUGUGUGUAGAUGUUACAGACCCUUUAAGAGCUCAACUCUUCUCAACAACAGUAAUUCUCGCAGGAGUUGCUACAGUCGCUCAAACAAGUCUUGGGACACGUCUCCCAGUAUUCCAAGGACCGUCUAUAAGUUAUCUUCCACCAAUGCUUUCCAUCAGCCGAUUAGACAACUGGAAGUGCCCACCAAAGUACCAAAUAGAUUACAUAAACGGUUCAACGGUUGAACCAAAUACCACACUAAUAUCAAAACAUUUCACCACUGAGUAUCAGCAUAAAAAGCUUAUGGUUUUUUCAGGAAGUUUAGUAUGUGCUUCAUUCUUUGAAGUCGUAGUUGCUUUUUUCGGAAUACCAGGCAUAUUUGGUCGUCUGGUAUCCCCAGUUACUGUGUCUGUGACUCUUAUUACGAUUGGGCUGAGUCUUCUAGAAAUUGCAUUGAAAUACUCUGCUCUGGCGCCUGCUGUUGCUAUACCAACAGCUGCAUGUGCCUCGGUUUUUAUUCUGUAUUUAAACGGAGUCACUCUUAAAUUUCCACCGUGGUCAAAGAAACCGAAAGAAAUCGCUAUCUUUCGAAAUUAUCCUCUACUACUGGCUGUUGGUAUUGGUUGGAUACUCUGUUACAUUUUUACUGUUAGCAAUUAUUAUCCAUCGGACCCGAAUUCCAGGAGCUUCAAUGCGCGAACAGACACCAAACUAGAUUUGAUACAAAGAACACCCUGGUUUUCCUUUCCAUACCCAGGUCAGUAUGGACCACCUAAAUUCGAAAUAGCUAUUUUUCUCGGAUUUCUCCUAUCGACAAUAAAUUCAAUUAUUGAAUCCAUGGGUGAUUACUACGCUGCCUCAAGACUAUGUGCCGUACCACCACCACCGAGACAUGCAAUUAACCGCGGGCUGUUUUCUGAAGGUCUAGCGGGUGUACUAGCUGGAUUUAUGGGUGCCUCCCAUGCAACUACUUCGUACAGCACGCACAUUGCCCUUAUUGGUAUAACAAGGGUUGCAAGUCGUAUUGUAUUGAAUAUAGCAGGAGUUAUGGUUAUCAUCAUGGCGAUAUUGGGUAAAGUGGCUGCUUCUUUAGCUACAAUUCCAGAUCCUGUAGUAGGAGCCAUCAAUUUCACUGGGCUUACUAUGAUGUUAUCAGUUGGUAUCACCAAUCUGCAAAAGACAGCUUUAAACGCACGCAAUACAUUGAUUAUUGGAUCUUCAUUGGGUCUGAGUUGGGUUUCUUCAUCAUGGCUUUACACAUAUCCAGAUGACAUCAAUACAGGUAACUUUGAGCUAGAUCAAAUAUUAAAGAUUAUUCUGGGAACUCAAACCUUUGUAGGAACAUUAACGGCUAUUUUAUUAGACAACACGAUACCAGGUACACUGACGGAACGUGGGAUGCAUCAUUUACUACCUGAGACUGAAAACACUGAAAAACCAACAUAUCAUACUGGUGAAAUUGUUUACGAAUUCCCAAGCAUCCAAAAUUUUUUAAACAAACAUCAAUCAAUUUUUGGGAAAUUAGCCAUACUACCACCCAAGAAGGUUAUUGAAGUAGAUGAGGAAACUGAAAAACUUAAAGAUGAAAUUGACCAGACUGAUUUAGUAUAACGUUACAAUUUGUAUGUAUUGUGAAUAUGCGCACACAUAAUUUCAUGCAGAUGUAUGUAUACAUAUGUAAAAAUACAAAUACAUGUAUAUUCAAAUUAGAAUAUGUUUUCCCAUUCACAGAGUUCUAUAUGUUAUAUUAAAUACGAUAGAUAUUUCAUAUGUGUGAUAUUAGUCUUAUACUGAUUGUGCUGUUGGAGCACAAUUAUAAUAUUUUGUUGUCUAGAGAAAGUCAUUAUGGCAAUAUUAAAACACGAACUGAUACAAAAAAAAAAUUAUAACAUUGUUUUCAUGAAGUAUAUUUCGAUAGUAAGUCAUUAAAGAAAGAACAAUAACCUCUGCGCUAAUAUUCCAUUUUCCUGUCAACAUUGCUAUCCUUGAUUUUUGUGUUGUUACUACAAUUUUAUGAUGAUGAUGAUGAUGAUGAUGAUGAUGAUGAUGAUGAUGAUGAUGAUGAUGAUGAUGAUGAUGAUGAUGAUGAUGGUUUUCAUGAUAAUGAUCAUGAUCAUAAUGAUGGUGGUGGUGCAUACGAAUCUAUAUCCUUUUCUACUCUAGGCACAAAACCCGAAACUUUUGGGGAGGGAGCCAUUCGAUUAGAUCGACCCCAGUGCAUAACUGGUACUUAAUUUAUCGACCACGAAAGGAUGAAAGGCAAAGUAUACGUAUCAAUAUUGAUUUGUUGCCUAACCAAUUCGAGUGCCUAAAGAUGAGGUGCACGUUUCUUCGCCCGUAAUACACAUAUUUAUAUGUAAUUACACGUCUAAUCAAUACAGGAGUUGCAUACACACACAUAUGUAUAUAUGUAUGUAUGUAUGUUAAAUAGCAAAUUAGAUAAAUUACCUAAUCUUCAAUAUGUUGCUAAAUCACUUGUCUACAAUAUUCGACACCAUGUUACAAAUUUAUCUCAAUGUCUUUAUUGCUGCGAGUAUGUAUAGAUAUGGUUUCUUUCUGUACUUUUGUUUGUUCGAAAAUAACCAACAACUGAUGGAAGAACUGUAAGAAUAUUUAUUUGAAUAUUUUAAGCUUUUGAAGUUUAAUGUUUAGUUGUGUCCCUUGAUGCACUUUGUUUUCAAAUAGCGUAAUUCACAUAAAAUUGGACCAAGGAACACUCUUCCGUCUCCGCUUCAUUGACUAUGUCAGACAAUGAGAGAGAAGAGGCGUAAGAAGUAGAAAGCAGUUCAGACAUGUACUGAAUCAGCGAGCGGACUAGAAGUACGAAGAACUCUCAAUCACUCCACAUCAAAUACUCCGUUAGAGAAUUGUUUAAAUUACAAUUUUUCGUUCAUUUUUUUCCUUCCCCGUUCACUUUCAACAACACUUUAUCUAUACGAAUUUCUUUUCUUCAAUUUUACUUACGUCGUGUUUCAGGUUCACCAUCCUUUGGCACUCUUCUGUAACAGUCUGCAGGAUUAAAUCUUGGUUCCCUUGUUCAAGUUUCGAAAGAAUUCUUGCCCGUA